AUGCCGCGACCCAAAUCUGCUGGUCCCACCCCCAUGGCUGUCACGUCCUCCCUGAACAGUGUCUAUAUCUCUCCCCGUACACCAAGGACCCCGCGUGUAGUUGCCGAACAUGAAGACGACGAUGUGGAGAUGGAGCUCUUGGCCGAGGAAGAGCGGGAGCGCGCACGAAGAGGUCUCGAAACUGAGCCCGACGUCCCGGUCAAGAAUGCUGCAGUCGCCAAGAAGUUCUCCGCCAAAGAUAAGAGGAGCAUGGUCCUCCUAUGUGUACUAUAUUUGAUCCAGGGUGUCCCGCUUGGUCUCGCUCUUGGUUCCGUCCCAUUCCUUCUGAAGGAGCAUCUAACAUAUUCCCAACUAGCGACGUUCGCUCUCUCCAGCUAUCCUUAUUCCCUCAAAUUGCUCUGGUCACCUAUUGUCGAUUCUAUCUUUAUUAAGAGGAUUGGUAGACGGAAGUCAUGGAUCAUCCCCAUGCAACUUAUCGUUGGAAGCCUAAUGCUCUACAUCUCACUUAAUGUACAGAAGCUCAUGAAAGAUCCCGCCAACCAUUUGGCCGAGUUGACGACGAUCUUUACCAUGUUGGUUACGUUCUCCGCUACCCAAGACAUAGCCGUUGACGGCUGGGCUCUCACCCUGCUUUCGCAGGAUUGUCUCUCGUAUGCCUCGACCUGUCAGACCAUUGGGCUGAAUACCGGAUUCUUUGCGUCAUUUACGGUGUUCCUCGCCUUCAACAGCGAAACCUUCGCUGCGAAGUGGGGAAUUCCACAGCUAACCAUCAGCGCAUACCUCCGUUUCUGGGCAGUUAUUUGCUACAUUGUCACUAUUUGGCUCAUUUUCUUCAAGAAAGAGGACAAAGAUGCAGGAGCAGAGGCAGAUAUGAGUAUCAAAGAAACCUACCAAACCAUUUGGACGAUCUGUCAAUUGCGCCAUGUCCAACUAUUGAUUCUCAUCCACCUGUUCGCGAAGAUCGGUUUCGUCGCUCAUGAGGCGACCUCGUUGAAGUUGGUUGAAAAGGGCCUUAAGCGGGAAGAUCUUUCCCUCGCUGUUCUUGUUGAUUUUCCGUUCCAAAUCCUCGGUGGUUACUUUGCGGCCAAAUGGUCUAGAGGUGACAAACCGCUGAGACCUUGGCUCUAUGCCUUCUGGCCAAGGUUCCUAUUUGGUCUCAUCUCAACGUUGACUGUUCUCUUCUUCCCCAAACCACCCAUCUCUACCGCGUUCUUUACUUUCAUCAUCUGCCACACGAUCUGGUCGUCCUUUACAUCGACCGUUCAGUUUGUCGGUAUUUCUGCUUUCCACACCCGUGUCUCGGACCCUCUCAUUGGAGGUACUUACAUGACGCUUCUCAACACUUUUACGAAUCUGGGAGGAACAUGGCCCAAGUGGUUUGUUCUGAAAGGCGUCGAUUGGUUUUCCGUCGGUCAUUGCCAUAUUCCCGAUGGAACCUCUGAGAUCCUGAUCAAAGCCAAAGAAUGCGUCACUGAGGUCGGUAAAGCUCACUGCAAAGCCAUCAACGGCACAUGUGUGCUCGAACAAGAUGGAUAUUAUGUAGUUUCUGGCAUUUGCAUGGGCUUUGGCAUUCUCUUCCUCGUCGCCUUCAUUUAUCCGACUGCCCGAAAAUUGCAAGCCCUGCCUAUUUCGGCCUGGCGACUCAAAUCGAUGUAG